UCUCUCUCUCUCUUCCCCCUACAGCAGAGCAAGAGCAACAGCACCGCCCUUCAGUCUCCUGUUUUCGCCUUUCUUCCUUUCUUCCUUUCUCUUCUGCGUUGAAAAUUGAAUCCAAUCUGCUCUUUUCCCUCAUUCCUUCAAAUCUGGCGAAGAAGAAGCUUCGUUUUAUUUAGUAAAUGAUAAUGGAAGGGAAUCUCAGCCAAGGGACCUCGGAUCCAGCCAUGGAAGAAGGAGGUUGUAGAAGAACGGCGAUUCCGGCUAGCUGCGAGACAUCUGGUCUCACAGGUGACAAUUCCAGAGGAGCUCUUGUGGAAGAAGAAGAAGAGAUGGAUAGCUUGAUGUCAGGAUCUAUAUUCACAGAAUGGACAGAUGAGAAGCACAGCCUGUACCUCAAUUCCAUGGAAGAUUUGUUUGUAAAACAGCUACAUGACUACAAAUGUUGUUCCAAAGUCUUACUUGGUGGCCACUCAAAGAAUAAAACCCUGCCACAGAGAAACUCAUCAGGGCAACUGAAUGGAAACAACCGUGUCACAUCUGGCCAGUUCAAGGUUCUUCGGGAUGGUUGCUGGCAAAAGAUUAAUUUUGAAAGAGCUCAAUCUCAGCCGAAUGUGACAAACGUUGCCACUGAGCAACACAUUCUUUCAAAAAAUCCAUGGAUUCAGCGUUUCAGGUGCGCUGGCAAACAGGGAGAAGUAAAAUCAGCCAUUCCAGAAGAAAAUGUCACCUUGGGAAGGACAAACAGAACGUCCUCUUCUAGGGUUACAAGUCCAAAGCUUCUCCCUGCAUAUCAACCACAAUUGCUUCAUCAGGACUUUGUUGAGAGCAAUACAGAGGUAUCAGAUCAGAACUUCACUGAAGAAGAUCAUGAUGGAGAGAAGAUUAAUAGUGUGUGCAGGACAAAAAGGACGAAAAUUGCCGCUCACGUUUCAAGCGAAGAUCAAGUUGUUCCACAUGAGAAGUCUUCUGUAAUAGCAUAUUAUGAUGAGAAUUGUGCUUCUAUGAGAAAAGAAGAACUGGUAGUAGUGGAAAUCAGAAAAUGAUGAUAGGUUAUAGCAUGCCCAAAAUCCGCACUGCACAUUGGUCACAACCAGAAUCUGAAUACUGGUGGUUGAGAUGUUAAGUGGUGACUGCAACUUGCAACUGAUGUUUGAAAUUAUUGAGUCAGAGAAAGAAAAGGGAUAACAGAAGGGAAAUAUGAAGCUGACAGUGGGGCUUGAAAUUUGCUUUACUUUGCAAAGAUUGGGGCAGACUUAGGUGAUGGUAAUUGGUUCCUUGCUAGUGUUGCACAGGUAUAUAUGAUGUGAGGAAGAAUUAGAUGGUUGGAUAGAGUUAGGCAACAACUAACAAGCUGCUGAAGCACCCAACAGAAAAAAAAAGGUUUCUUUUUAUGCAUCAUAUUUUCCAUUUAUUUCAAUUAGAAGUGUAUGAAUUGAACUUCUUGGUAUGCAAAACGCAUACUUUGAAGAAUAUCGCUUCUGUCAAACUUGUCGUAGUGGUGAUAUUGUCGCUUUCCAUCUUUCCCAAUCUCACUUAUUCUUGCAUCAA